AGCUAGGCUAAUAUUUCAACACGUGAAAGCUGACAUUAGCCCUAUAGCCUCUUUAAAUUGUAGCUAAACUACCCGAAAGCUAAGGUAAACUGUAAUUUUUAAUCGUAUUUAGCAUCUAAAAUCUAAACUGAGCCGAAUUUGUAUGAGUUAUUGACCACCUACGGCCAGAGCAGUAGGUUGUUCUUAUUUACUAUCUGCCUCGUGAUACAGAAAUGCAGCACCAGACUGGCUGUUCUUACAUGACUUCGCAUUGGCCGCGGUCUGUGACAUUGGAGACGUUGGACUGAGCCUGUACAUGGUCCAUCAGUUUUUAGGUAAAAUAGAAAUUACAUAUCUCAGCAGUAGCGGAGUGAGCUUUCUUCCGUAACAAAACACCUCGAAAGCCAUUUCUUUCAAAUCUAUUUUUCUACUUUAGCACCGUGCUGGACGGAUCUGCCAUAGAGGCUCGUGAAGGCAGCAGCGUUCCUGUGAGCGGAGGCAGUUUUCUCCUCCUAUCAGCGCCAUUGUGUGACAGAGUCUCCGGGACCGAGGACGGCUUGUUCUUCAGUAGCCGACAGGACUGUUUAAAUACCCCCCCAUGUUUCUCUUUCAAACUCCGGCGGCCCUGGACGUGAUAUAUGUUCGGUAAAGGUGCGAAGCGGAAGCUGGAUGAGGAUGAAGAGGGGCUGGAAGGCAAAACGCUGGAGGUGUCGGUGGCGGGAGGGGGACUAGGCCUCGGUCCAGAGGGCCUGUCCAAGGUGUCGUACACCCUGCAGCGGCAGACCAUCUUCAACAUCUCCCUGAUGAAGCUGUACAGCCAGCGGCCACUUGGCGAGCCCAGCCUGGAGCGCCGCGUCCUCAUCAACAACAUGCUGCGACGCAUCCAGGAUGAACUCAAGCAGGAAGGCUCCCUGCGGCCGCUGCUCUUCCCGCCCUCGCCGCCACCAGAUGACCCUAUGGAUGAGGGCUUCCGUGAGGCACCACCCUCCUUUGGUGUUUUGUCAGCGGCAGCGACGGCACAGGUAUCCCAGCCUUCUGCGCUGUUGAUGCCGGUGAUCGCUCCACCGUCUUCACCCCACCCAAUGGUGCCUCCCAACUGCCAGGCAUCCCAGGCCUGCCACAACCGUUUGGAGGCCUGCUCCGCCCCUCUGGAAGCCUGCCUCACUCCAGCCUCCUUAUUGGAGGAGGAUGGUGGAGAUUCAGCCUUUUGUGCUCCAUCCCCACCCACUCCUCCUCUGUCGCCUCCCCCGGCACAGCCUCCCCCGUUACCUUCGGCACUUCUGAGCCAGACGUCCCCACGGGUCCCUGUGCCUGCCUCGUCCAAUGACGGUUUCCCCUCCGCUCUGAGUGACAUGGAGUUGGGUCCUCCCACAGCCAUAACAAGGACAGCAGCAGCUAAUACUACGACCGUGACUACCUCCCCAGCUCCCACGCCACUCACCCAGCCCUCCCACUUAGCACCCCUCUCCCCAACACCCACAGGCCCACCCAGAGACUGCAGGACCAUGGGUGCUAAACCAGAGGCAGCUGGCAUCUUGCUAGCAGAAAGCCGCUGUGCUGAGCUCCGGCCGAUGGACACUCUGCCCACACUGCCCCCUAGUGGCCUAGUAGACAUUUCCUCCUCUCCUUCCUCCCCUUCUUCCUCUUCCUCCCCCUCGGGGUUUCUAUCAGACUUGGCGCUGGACGAUGUUCUGUUUGCCGACAUCGACACGUCCAUGUAUGACUUUGACCCCUGCACGACAGCAGGGGCUGUGAGCGUGACGGCAGGUGGUGGCCUCGCCAAACUGUCGCCAGUGGUGACGGCGGACGACCUCCUCAAAUCGCUGGCGUCGCCAUACAGCGGCCCCGCCCCCCAGGUUUCAGCCAGUCAGCCUUUCAAAAUUGAUCUGACAGAACUAGACCACAUCAUGGAGGUGUUGGUGGGUUCGUGACUCAGAACCUCAGAAACACACAGACAGUUAAAUCCUGAGAAUAGACUGGAAUGACAAUUUGGGAUUGAUUUGGGGGGUUUUCUGGUUGUUGUUUUUAUGUUUUUUUUACUCUCUUCAAAGGUCGGUAAUUGUAAACAUUGAUGGUGAUGUCAAUUAGUACUACUAUGAUAACUGCUACUACACAACACUGUGCAUGCACUGUGCUUGCCUUUCCAAAUAUGGAAAUGAAGUAACCAGGAAACAAAGACACACAUAUGUUUGUAUUUCUAUACUUGUGAGAACCUCCAUGGACUCCAUUCAUUUCCUUAUCCUAAUUUAAACCUAAUUCUAGUUUUAAUCUUUAACCUGAACCCAAGCCUUAACCCUAAAAAGUAACUGUAAAUAGAAAAAAUGAGGACCGGUAAAUUGUUCUCAUUCUGGAGGAUUUUUGAUCAUUCUGUCUUUGUGAGGAUAUUUACUUCUCACAGGUAUAGAAAUACAAGUGAACACACAUGACACACACACACAAAACACACAAACACACUGAAUUCAUGGCUUUUAACAGAUGAGUGCCUUUCAAAAUGACCACUUAUUCAAUUCCUGUUUUUACAGUAUUUGUUUUUUUCCGAGUUCUUUUCACUUUAACAAGCCUAGAGAGGUCACUCCUCAAUGUUUGUUUUAAUUUAUUGUAUUGUAUUAAAACUAUUAUUAAGUAAGGUAAUUUGAGGUAAGGUAACAUGAUCAAAUAAUAAUUAUUUAAUCUUUAUCUUAUUACAUAUGCUAUGUUAUUUGUAAAGCAAGCAUAAAAAGUUUUUUAUGAGAAAUACAUUGUUUUGCCAGUGUGCUACAUAUUAGCUUGGCUAUAUAAUUACGCUUUGGGAAUAGCUCUAAAACACAUCGCCUGGUUGUUUGUUAAACUCUUUUGGUAGAAGGAGAUGUCUGUUCUUGUACACAUCAUGUCUAUGAAUUCAGUUCAGGACUUAUUUUUUUCUUUCCCUUCCUUAUUGGCAGGCACAUAUAACUGUGCUGGAUGGAAAUUUACAUGAGCUCAGUCAUUUGGGCUAGUUAUCAUGCUUCAGUUACAGCAGAAUUCAAAUGAGCUACAUCCACAGGAAAGCUUGACGUGCUUACAUUAGAAGCGGCAGCAGCCCAUCACCAACUCUUUCCUCCCAGCUACUGUAGAUGUAGAUGAUCUGAAAAGUCCAACCUAAGCAGAGACUUUAGGCUCCAAACUAAUUUGGCUUCAUAGGACCCAAGACAAAACAACUAUCACAGAUAGCAGGGAAAGUCAUUGUGGUACCAAUGUGACUCUGUAGAAUUUCUCAUAAACACACAAAGAAAGUUGAA